UCUGCCCGGAGGUGCCCGGGGGAGCUGGGCAGGAAUGAAGAGACCAGCUCUGGAUGUUGCCUGGAGGGAGGAGGGCAGAGAGAAGGCACCAUCGCACACCCACAGUCCCUAGCCCCGGCUCUACCACCCCACGCGUCAGCAGAGGACGAAUGUUCUUCCGUGGGGAGGUGGGUCGCAGCCGGCAGAUUCCCCUCCACCACCACCACUCGGACCCCACGUCGGGGAAGCCCAAAUGCCGAGCUCCUGGGGGAGCAGCCAGAGCCUUGUCAUAUUCCCGGAAACAGCCAGCCUCCGUGGGGCAGCCUGGCCUCUGGUCCCUUUCUUGCUGGAAACCACCUCCUGGUGGACCUCCAGGCCGUCCACCUGAGAUGACCAAGCAGGCAGAGGAAGAGGGGAAGACACAGAGCCUCUUGACCUGGAACUCCGAGGAACACCUGCUCCCUGCAUCACUUCAGCAUUAUCCACAACAGCCAAAAAGCAAAACAACCCAAAUGUUCAUCGAUGGAUGAAUGGAUAAACAAAAUGGAGUAUAUACAUACAAGGGAAUAUUCAGCCUAAAAAAGGAAGAAAAUUCUGGCACAUGCUACAACAUGGAUGAAUCUUGAGGACUCUAUGACUGCAGAGCUGCUGAGAAAGAUCUCAUCUGUUCACAGUCUACCCUCAAAAUACACAGUUUAUUGUAAAGGGUAUUAUAAAGGAUACAGAGGAACAGCCAGAUGAAGAGGUACCUAGGGCAAGAGCCCGUGUGCAGGAGCAUCUGUCCCUUUGGAACUGGGGUGUGCCGCUCCCAACAUGUGGACGUCUCACCAACCUGGAAGCUCUUCAGACACCAUCCUUCUGGGUUUUUAUGGAGGCUUCAAUAGAGAUGGACGCCCUCUCCUUCUACCCUGACCCUGAGCUCCGGAUAUAGCUGCUGCCCGCCCAGCUGUCCAAAGCCCAGCUCCUCUGAGCAUCGCUGACCUCGAUGGAAGUCUCCAGGAAGGAGACAAGGAGCAAAUCUCUGAGUCACUCAUUAAGAUCCCAAAGGCCUCUCUGGAGACCCAUCUCGAGUCGUUGUUAUGGAUCAGUUUGAACAGUGCUCUGCAGGCUGACUCUCUCAGGGGCUCCAAGUGACCAAAAGUGACCAGCAAGUUGGUUUUUAAAAAGGGAGACUGAAGAAGCCAGAGGGGAGGCACUGAAAGGACGCCUGGAAGAGGAAGAUGCCGAGUACGGACCUUCCGAUGUUGAAGGCCUUUGAGCCCUACUUCGAGAUUUUGGAAGUGUAUUCCACAAAGGCCAAGAAUUAUGUAAACGGGCAUUGCACCAAGUAUGAGCCCUGGCAGCUAAUUGCAUGGAGUGUCGUGUGGACUCUGCUGAUAGUCUGGGUAUACGAGUUUGUCUUCCAGCCAGAGAGUUUAUGGUCAAGGUUUAAAAAGAGAUGUUUUAAGCUUAUCCGGAAGAUGCCUAUUAUUGGUCGUAAGAUCCAAGAUAAGUUGAACAAGACCAAGGAAGAUAUUAGCAAGAAUAUGUCAUUCCUGAAAGUGGACAAAGAUUACGUGAAAGCCCUGCCCUCUCAAGGAAUGAGCCCGGCUGCAGUUCUGGAGAAGCUCAAAGAAUACAGCUCUAUGGAUGUCUUGUGGCAAGAAGGGAAAGCCUCCGGAGCGGUGUACAGUGGGGAGAAGGAGCUCACUGAACUCCUUGUGAAGGCUUAUGGAGAUUUUGCAUGGAGUAAUCCACUGCAUCCAGAUAUCUUCCCAGGACUACGUAAGAUAGAAGCAGAGAUUGUGAGGAUGGCUUGUUCCCUAUUCAGUGGGGGACCAGAUUCCUGUGGAUGUGUGACCUCCGGGGGGACAGAAAGUAUUCUGAUGGCCUGUAAAGCUUAUCGGGAACUGGCCUUCGAGAAUGGGAUCAAAACUCCAGAAAUUGUAGCCCCCCAGAGUGCCCAUGCUGCAUUUGACAAAGCAGCCAACUAUUUUGGGAUGAAGAUUAAACGGGUUCCACUGAACAAAGUGAUGGAGGUGGAUGUUCGGGCAAUGCGAAGAGCCAUCUCCAGGAACACUGCCAUGCUCGUCUGUUCUGCCCCACAGUUUCCGCACGGUGUGAUAGAUCCUGUCCCUGAUGUGGCCAAGCUGGCUGUCAAAUACAAAAUACCUCUUCAUGUGGACGCUUGUCUGGGGGGCUUCCUCAUCGUCUUUAUGGAGAAAGCCGGAUACCCGCUGGAGCAACCAUUUGAUUUCCGGGUGAAAGGUGUGACCAGCAUUUCAGCUGAUACUCAUAAGUACGGCUACGCCCCCAAGGGCUCUUCAGUGGUGUUGUACUCUGACAAGAAGUACAGGCACUAUCAGUUCUUCGUUGACACAGAUUGGCAGGGCGGCAUCUACGCUUCCCCAACCAUCGCGGGCUCACGGCCUGGUGGCAUCAGUGCAGCCUGUUGGGCCGCCCUGAUGUACUUCGGUGAGAGCGGCUACGUUGAAGCUACCAAGCAGAUCAUCAAAACCACUCGCUUCCUCAAGUCAGAACUGGAAAAUAUCAAAGGCAUCUUUGUUUUUGGGAAUCCUCAAUUGUCAGUCAUUGCUCUGGGCUCCCAUGAUUUUGACAUCUACCGACUAUUCAACCUGAUGAAUGCCAAAGGCUGGAGCUUGAACCAGUUGCAGUUCCCACCCAGCAUACAUUUCUGCAUCACGUUGGUACACACCCGUAAGCGAGUAGCGAUACAGUUCCUAAAGGACAUCCGGGAAUCUGUCACUCAAAUCAUGAAGAAUCCGAAAGCAAAGACCACAGGAAUGGGUGCGAUCUACGGCAUGGCCCAGGCUACAGUCGACAGGAACCUGGUGGCAGAAUUGUCCUCCGUCUUCUUGGACAGCCUUUUCAGCACAGACACUGUAACGCAGGGCAGCCAGAUGAAUGGUUCUCCAAAACCCCGCUGAGCUGGGAUCCUCCGUGGCCCCGAGGUGCAUCUGGCCUUCAGAAGGUGCUCGGGGUGUGGGACAGGCCACGAGGUUUCAACAUCUGGUCUUUGCUCCAUAGAGCACAACGAAGCAGACCGUGAGACAGCUUGAUCCUCAGGAUUCUUGUUUCCAUCCUUUUGUGGUUUUUAAUGUGAAGACUCUAAAGGAUUCCAAGAUGUAAUUAUUUUGCCCUUGUUCUAAAUGUUACCCUGGGAAUUGUUUUAACUAUUUCCUUCUCCUCUAACCUCUCUUGCUUUCGGCUUCACUUAAUCACGGUGUGGCAGCUCUGACCUGUCCUGACUCCUUAGGGAAGCUGGGCUACAGUUUACGAGAUAGGAAAAGGUUUGCUUUGUUACCUCAGGCAGGUGGGCUAGUCAGACGGGAAGUGUUCCAUAACCGAGGUUUCCCUCGGUGGGGGUGAGGUCUGCUCUAAGCAGGCUUCUCCAGUCCGCCUCUGUGAGUGCUUAGCUGUCUCAGGGUCCCUUCUGUUGCAGCUUGUGUUGUCUCUUGAGGACACAGCUUGACCAGCCAUUGUUCUUGUUAUGCGGGGCCGGCGUGGUCCAGCAGAUCUGCUCAGUCCACCCAGGCAGGGUCUGGAGCAGUCGUGGGUCCUCGUCUGUGCCUGCAGUUCCCAUUUGAUACUCGGUUGUCAUCAUCUUUGAGGAAAUUAUGCUCCCACUGGUUUGUUCCUGUUUCCAUGGACGAGGAAGAGAAUCUAGGACCUUCUGGGGCUCUGGCGCUGCCUCUCUGAAUUGGCAGUGUGAGAGCACACCUCAACUCUCUCGGGCUGGUGAUGAUCGGAACCAGGCCCUUUUCUAUACUUUUCUGAGGAUCAGAGUGGGGUGAGCACCCAAAUUCAAAUGUGUCACCAGAGUUGGCAGCAGUCCUCGCCUCCCUGCUGCUCUGAGCCGUCAAGCAUGUUUGUUUGCCUGAGGGAGCAGCUCAAAGCAGCUUCACAAAUUGCCUUGACUUACCCGAGGUGGGUGUCAGGAGCGCAUGAGAGAGCCCCCAAGGCAAGGAAAAUCUCUCUCCAUUCUGUGUUCUUCCUGCCUCUUCCUCCUUUAUUCAGCUCCCAAAGGUACGACAGCAGUUAAGCCUCAGGUACUGCAAGCUCCUUGGCCCUGGCUAGGAUGAGGUAAACUUUCUGGAAUAGGAAGACAUGAUGGCAAGUGUCAGCUGUGGCCUAGGGCCCGGGAUUCCUUCGUAAGACUAGUUGCUCAGGGUGGCGCAGGGACAGGACCCAACCCUGCACCCACUCCCCACCCUCUGCCUGCCACACGGGGCGCUGAUCUAGGUUGAGCCAGUGUCCUACUCUCGUGCUGACACACCCUGUGCCUUCUUCCUCAACGGGGACACGCUGCUCCUGACCCGGGCAGAGGGGAGCUGGAUCAGUCCUUGAGGCUUUCACCUGGGUAGGGGCAAGUCGGGAGGAACUUUCCUUUGUCCCCCUACCCCUCUCAGGGACUCCUGAAUAUUCAGCCUCUUCAGGCUGGCCUCCUCUAGCCUUCUUCGCUGGGAACGCCGGCCGGGAGAGCCACGACACCCGGACUUCCCGCCAGCUCCUUGGCACGGCUGUCUGAAGUGUUCUUUAGCUCUGUACUUCCUCCACACUAACUGUGGCCAGCUGGCUGUGUCGUUGCAGGGCUGCUGUGGUGUGUUUCAUCCUGUCUUCUGUGGGUUCCAAGGAUGGUUCGGGUGUGUUUGUGUUUGUUAGAGGCUGAGAUCCUUCGGACGUGAGAGUCACGUUCCCUCUGGUGGCUGAACUGCUGGGCACCUUCUGAGAGAGAGACUGUGCAUGAACCGUCCCUGGAUCUCCAGUGUGUUCAGGUUGGAUAGAGGAAGUCCAGGGGCCCAGAACCACCCGGCAGGCACCACUGUGGUUUGUCAGCUGCUAAAAUGGAGAAGCACGUGCCCUGCAGAGUGUGCUGUUGCUUCCGGUGUCUCCCAGGACCUUCCUCUGCGCUGUGACAUUGCUUGGGGUGGUGGGGGGUGGCACGAUGGUGUUUUCCAAAGGGACCUGCUGUUGCCACUUUAGGUUAUGAUCACGAGCCUCCAUCUGACCCAACACUUGUGGGCUUUCUACUCUGUACACCUGUGCACAUGAGUAACAGUCUGGCAGAGGUGGGUGGAAUGUCUUGAUGAUGUCUUGUUGCCAGCAGGUGUCACAUCGGCCUCUGUAAAAACUGUACUCAUUUCUGGGUUAGAAUUAAGUAGUCGCAUGAAUAUACUGCCAUGUCACUUUUAACAUGACCAGUUUUAUACUUGGAAAACGGUACUUGUCUCUUCUAGAUCUUUUCUGUCUUUAACCUCCCCCCUUUUCCAUCUCAAGGCUCCCUUCCUAAUUGCAGCAAUAAUCUCUUACGAAGCAAUUAAGUAAUAAAAUGUCCCAAAUUUUAA